AUGCCAAUCAGAAAGAAAAAAACUAAAAGAACAAAAAAGGCCAAGCUCAAAGAUGAUUCACGUAAUAAGUAUGACAUACGGAAGAAAGCCAUAUCUGGAAAGACUAUAUCUGAUACACAGAAGCCAAACGUUAUAAAGUGCGUUAAAGGCGGUUUAAAAAGGUUACAUUCUCCUCUUAAUAGAAUUGCUACAUUACAUAGUAAAAACAAUGGCAAGGGAGAUCCAACAACAACUAAAAAUCCUUACCAUUCUACAGGACUCUCUCCAAAAGAAACUAGUUAUUUAAUAUCAUGUUACCAAAACCGAUCUUCUCGCUAUUUAAAAUUAAAGGAUCUCGCAGCUGAAGCAAAAAGACAAAAUAAAAUAUUUACAAUAUAUGGUACGUGUGGUUCAAUUCGUAAAGCUCUAUUGCAAAGGGGCUGGGUUGAAAAAAUUCCACCCAACCGUAUGACUCUUACAAACAUAUUCAAUGGGACGAUUUGCAGUAAAUCAGAAAUACACUGCGAGCUGGAGAAAUUAUUACUCUCAAAUUUAGUACAAAAAUGUAAUCCUAAUUUCGUUUGGCGAGAAAAUCAUGAGCAUUAUGAAACCACGAUAGAUAUGAAAAAUGAAUGCAAUGCUAUUAUUAACAAACUUAAGUCCGACGCUUUGUGGACAUCGAAACAGGGUCUAUGCAAUUCUAUGAAAAUAAAUUACUGGUUUUAUAUUGAAGAUGUAGCUGAAGUUAAUUGUCCAAGAACCUACGAUUGUUGUAAUACUUUUGAAAUUGAAGAGUUUAUUUCAGAUUAUAAAAUCACUGCUUGCACAAGUCUUAUAAAAUUGGUACUAUCUCAGCUUGCGAAUAAAAGGUCAAUAUUUGUAGAAAACGGCACUCUUUCAUUGUCUGUGAUAAAGUUCGCAUUAAACAGAUGCAAAGAAUAUAUAUUACGAAAACAGAAUAAGGAUAUCGAUCGGACAAUUAAAACUGUUAGUACAGGGAAAUGGAAUACGUUUUUGAAAAAGUACUAUCGCCUCGUAACACAAGAAGAAUUCUUUGAAGUUGAUAAACAUAAUAAGUUACCUCUGUAUAUUAGUUAUACACAGUUUUUGUUGCAAGAGAUCUAUAAAUACCGCCCGCAAGCAAAAUGCGAAGGUUAUCACAAUAUUUGGAUAAUAAAACCAGCUUAUUGCUCAAGAGGUAGAGGAAUAAGAAUGGCGUCUAAAUUAGGUGUCAUCAGAAGCUUGUUGAACAAGACCAAUAAUUAUACAUAUGUCGUACAAAAAUAUAUCGGUGAAGAUAAAGUUUGGGACAAUAUAAUUUACCCAGGCAUGAAAAAGUCAAUAAUCGGAAUAAUGCUCAGUUGUCAAGACACUAUGCCAAUUUGCAAAAAUCGUUUCGAGCUGUAUGGUUGCGACUUUCUAUUAGACGAAGAAUACACACCUUGGUUAAUUGAAAUAAAUUCAUGUCCUGAUCUCAAUAGAACCACUGAAGUCACUGCUAAAGUAUGUCCUGCAGUUGUUGACGACAUAGUUAAAGUUGUUAUAGAUUACAUGGCUGAUCCAAAUGCCUCAACGGGUCAAUUUGAGUGCAUAUAUCGACAGGCGAUGACUGUACCAAGAUUUAGCAGCGCUUCAGAUUUGAUUGUUAAAGGAAUAUCAUUAACUAAUGAUUAUUUCUACAAAGGUAAUGCGGAAAUAACCCAACUCCCGGGCAGUGCUUAUUUAAGUGACGAAAACGAAAACCUAGAAGCGCAGCUGACAAAAAUGAUUUGA